UCUUCCAUAGAAAUUCGUCUUUUUACUUUAUCCGAUUCACCAAAACUCCAGUUCUAUUUUCCUUUUUUUCUUCUUCUUGUUUUUUUUCCUUCAAGCUUUUACCUCGUUUUUAAUUUGAAUCGCUAUUAUGGCUCAGGGAACAAACGAUAUCGAUCGUCUGCAAAAGGUGCUGAAAUUGCAAAGUGAAGACGCUCCACCUAUUUCCGGCAAGGUGAUCCAUGUGGUCAACCAGGUGCCUUUUGAUUGUAUCCUUCACACCGAAGGUGAAGAGUUGACGGCGGCCGACAAAUUACAUCAGAUUGGCGCGUUAAAAUCCAAGGGCGCACGUGGAAGUGAAGAUUUCAGUGAUGCUGCACCUAUUUCCCAUUUGGCCAGACGACGAUCCACCGUACCAGCUUUGGGAGAAUCUCCCAUGUGGCGACUCGCUCAAAGAAGAGGUCAUUCAGCCAUGUAUGCUGGUUUGGACGCUUUGAAGAAGAACUACAAUACCUUGUACAUUGGCGGUACCGGCAACAUCUUGACCAACCACAAGGAUACUAUCCCGGCUGAAGAUGUGGGUCCCCAACAGCGUGAAAGCUUACGACAAUUGUUACGCUCAAGACAUGACAUGAUACCAAUCUUCCUCGAGAGCGAUAUGGCUGCAGGUCAUUAUGAAGGUUACUGCAAGCAAGUUUUGUGGCCCCUCUUGCAUUACAUGAUGUGGGACGAUUCUAUCAACGAAAAGAAAUUCUGGGAGUACUAUGUUGCUGUCAACGAGGUGUUUGCCAAGGAAGUUGCCGAACACUAUGAAGAGGGCGAUAUUGUUUGGAUCCACGAUUACCAUCUGUUGCUCGUGCCACACAUGCUUCGCGAAUUAUUGCCCGACGCUCCGAUCGGCAUUUUCAUCCAUACACCGUUCCCAAGUUCCGAACUUUUCAGAUGCUUGCCUCGUCGUAAGGAUAUUCUCUCAGGUAUGCUGGGAGCCAAUUUGAUCGCGUUCCAGACCUACAAUUACGCUCGUCAUUUCUCUUCCAACUGUACUCGUAUUCUGGGCUACGAAUACACACCUUCCGGUAUUGAUGCCAAUGGCGUUAUGGUCGCUCUGGGCAUCUAUCCCAUUGGUAUUGAUGUCGAACGUACAAAGUACAAUUGUUCCCGUCCCGGUGUCGCUCCCAAGGCCCAGGCCAUCCGUGAGAAAUACGGUGAUAAGAAAAUCAUUGUUGGACGAGAUAAACUCGAUCCCGUCAAGGGCGUCGUGCAGAAAUUGGAAUCUUUUGAAAAGUUCCUCACUGAUUACCCCGAAUGGCGUGAUAAGGUUGUUCUUAUUCAAGUCACUUCCCCUGGCGUCAUUGAUGCUGCUCGUUUGGAAAACAAGGCCGCUGAAUUGGUGAGCCGUAUCAAUAGCAAGUUCGGUUCGCUCGAAUUUUGUCCUGUGGCUCACUUCCAUCAACACAUUGAUCGCGAUGAGUACUAUGCUUUGUUGGAAGUCGCCGACAUUGCUUUGGUGACGCCCAUCACCGACGGAAUGAAUACCGCCAGCUUGGAAUACGUGGUCGCGCAAGAAAAACGCCACAGUCCUUUGAUUCUGUCCGAAUUUACCGGCACCGCUCGCAGUAUGAGUGCGGCGGUGAUUGUUAACCCUUGGGAUUACGCUGGUGUUGCGCGCGCUAUUUCCGAAUGCUUGACCAUGAGUGAUGAAGAGAAACUCAUCAAGUACAAGCAACUUCAAAGCUUUGUGUACUCGCAUACCGCCGCUUACUGGGCAAAAUCCUUGGUCAAAGGUCUCGUCAUCAGCAGCUUGAACCAGAACUGGGGUCCCACCAGCGAAAUCGACAGAGAACGAUUGAAGGUGGAAUACAAGGAAGCCCAGCAUCGUCUCUUGUUCUUUGACUAUGACGGUACAUUGACGCCUAUUGUCGAGACACCAGAAGACGCCAGACCGUCUGAAAAGAUGAUCAAGUACCUUACCAAGCUUUGUGAGGAUCCUCAUAACACCGUGUGGGUUGUUUCUGGAAGAGAUCAAGACACUUUGGAUUCGUGGGUGGGCCAUAUUCCCAACUUGGGCUUGUCGGCCGAACACGGUUGUUUCAUCAAGGAUCCCGGUAGCGAUCGCUGGAUUAGUGUCAUUGAUCAGGUCGAUAUGUCAUGGAAGGAUGAUGUCAAGGAGAUUUUUGAAUACUACAAGGAACGUACGCCUGGCAGUUUCAUUGAAGAGAAACGAUGUGCGCUGACAUGGCAUUAUCGCAAGGCCGAACCUCGUUUCGGCGCCUUCCAAGCCAACGAAUUGCAAAACCACCUGGAACAGAGUAUCCUUGGCAAGUUACCAAUUGAGACCUUGGUUGGAAAGAAGAAUCUGGAAGUGCGUCCGACUCUGAUCAAUAAGGGUGAAGUGAUCAAGCGUGCUGUUGCCCAGCAUCCCAAUGCUGAGUUCACCAUGUGCGCUGGUGACGACAAGACGGAUGAAGACAUGUUCCGGGCUCUUCAACAGGUCGAUGCUGGAGGUGUGAACAUGCUCAGUUUCACCAUCACCAUUGGCCCCGCCGAUAAGAAGACGCUUGCCAAGUGGCAUAUUAAUACCAGUGAAGAGCUUGUUGACUUGUUGGGAACUUUGUCCGAUAACUAAAAAAAAAAAGACGACGCAAGGGUUUAUACAAAGUGUACUAUUACUGUAAAAAUCAUCACCACAUAGCAUAGUUUUUUCUUUUUUUUUCUAAACGUAGAUACAAAACUUUUCGCAUCUAAUGAUAUGCAUUUAUUUUUGAAACCAUGCAUGCCUCUAAUAAACCCCCCCCCCCC